AUGCCUACUUUUGUGAAAUUUAUGAAAGAAAUCCUCUCUAGAAAAAGGAGACUUGAGGAAUUUGAAACUGUUGCUCUUACUCAAGAUAGCAUUAAAUACAUGUUAAGCAAGUUACCUCCUAAAUUAGAGGAUCCAGGGAGUUUUGCAAUUCCCUGCACCAUAGGUGAUCAUUAUCAAGGUAGAGCAUUGUGUGACUUAGGAGCUAGUAUUCAUUUAAUGCCAAGGAGUGUGUUUAAGAAGCUUAGGGUAAGAGAAGCUAGCCCUACAACUGUAACUCUACAGUUGACUAAUUAUGAAGAGGAUAGGGAAGUGCCUAUAAUUUUAGGUAGAGCCUUUUUAGUCACUAGAAGAGCUAUAAUAGAUGUGAAAGAGGGUGAGUUGUCUAUGAAUGUAAAUGGGGAACAAUGUAUUUCGGGUGCUGAGUAUGGUGGUCUAGGUGCGAGGAAAGAUCGAGCAAUAUUUGGAGAUGAGGUGCAUGUGGAAGCUGAUCGAAUGGCUCGCGAUACUACUGCAAGAAAGGAAGGAGAGAUAUAA